AGCCAUUUCGCGCCCGAGCGGCCCCCCCUGCACGGGGCGCGCAAGGGUGUUUCGCGGGCCAACUUCGAAAUGGCACUGCUCGCGAGAGCCGACAUCGAGAGGCAUGGCGCCCCACGUCAUCAGCCACAAUGCUGAGAUCAGGCGCGUGCGCACCCGCCAGGAGACUGGGCUCCCUCCGCCCUCCCUUCCUUUCCCUCGUCGUCCUCUUGCUCCUCCUUCCCCUUCCCCUCGUCAGUCUGGCGAGCUGCAGCGCCGGCAAUCCGAGCGCCGCGGCGGAAGUGCAGGCAAAGCAUGGGCUUGAUCAGCUACAGUGUAGGGAUCAGGCCGUGCGAGAAGGCAAGCAGUGGCAGUUGGCGCUGGCGCUGCGAAGAAACUGCGGGUGGGCCACGAUCAGCAGGACCGCUGGGAGCAGCCCGUGGGAGAAAGGGGGCAAGCAGUGGCAGCCGACGCUGGCGCUGCGAGAAAAGUGCGGGUGGGCCACGAUCAGCAACAACGCUGGGAGCAGCCCGUGCGAGCAAGAAGGCAGGCAGUGGCAGCAGGCGCUGGCACUGUGUCCAGGUGAAGGACGAGCCCGAUGCCGUCAGCUACAUCCGACGCGACGUUGGAAGCCGGCGGUGAGGAGGGAGGCCGUUCAAGGACGAGCCCGAUGCCAUCAGCCACAGCGUUGGGAUCAGGGCAAGGUGAAGACAUGUAAGGAAGGCGAGCAGUGCACUAGUAACGUCAUCAGCUACCAAGCUGGGAUCAGCUCGGGUGCGAAGGCAAGCAGUGGCAGCAGGAGCUGGCAAUGCGAGAAGGGCAUGCAGUGGCAGCAGGAUCUGGCAUUGCGAGAAAAUGUCAAGUGCAGGAGCGGACAUCUUCAGUUACAGCGCUGGGAUCAGCUCGUGUGCGGAAGGGCUGGGAGUCAGUGGAAGCACCUUGCGAGAAGCGGGGGGCGAAGCUGGAGCCCAAUAUUGUCGGGCACUCUGUGGCAAACCUCUUGCGAGAAGCGGGGGGCGAAGCUGGAGCCCACUAGUGUCGAGAGCUCAGGGCCAACCUCUUGCGAGAAGUGGGGGGCGAAGUUAGAGCCCAGUAUCGGUGGGAGCUCUGUGAGAAGCCUCUUGCGGGAAGCGGGGGGUGAAGCUGGGGCCAAAUUUAGUCGAGAGCUCUGGGCAAGUUUCGUGCGAGAAGUGGGGGGCGCAGCUGGAGCCCAAUAUCUUAGCUACAACGCUGGCAUCAACUCGUGCGAGAAGGGGAAGACAGGCAGCGGCAGCAAGGACUGUCAGGCGUGUCAGCCGCGUUCUAGGCCAAGCUUUUCUGGCGGUCAGUGUAAGUGGACGGUAUUGUGAAGGAGGUAUCCACCAUCCCGAACGAGAACGGCCAAGGGUAGACUGAUUCGUUAUGGGAGUGCGGCAAUUCACCAGGAACGCCUAUGUAAGUACGGCCUGCAAGGCGUGAGGCGGCUUGCGUGGUGCUCUCCAUCUGCGUAAGUCCUAAGUAGCACAAUCCUA